AGAAAAACAACCGUUUUCACGGGUGACCUUUCUCUCCCUCUUGUUCCUUCAAGUUUAAGGAAGAAACCAGAAGUUACACCAAGAACGUUCACUCGCUCUUUCACGAUCUCUUGAAAAUCAGAAGCCAGAGGAACCUAUUUAUUCAUACUUACUAAGCAUCAAACAGGAUCGAUCCAAUACCGUAAAACUCGAUUUUCAACAAUCGGAUUUGAUGCCUCCCACCUCGACAUGUCGCCGCCGGCACGCCAAACCCUAAUUUUAACGGUCAGAUUUUUCCUCACUUGUCGUUCGGCGAUUUUGUUGUUCCUUUUCAAUCCCUUAAAAGACCAUGAACCGAUCAAGGUCUGGUGAUUUGAAUUCUGGAUUUUCGACUUCCGAUUAUGUCAACCCGAAUUUCAGCUUCAACACGCCGUCGGUACCACGAUCAUCAGGCAAGGCAAAGCCGAGGUUGGUGAAAGUGAGGAAGCAAUCGAAUGCGCAGCAUCUGAAAUCAGAUGGAGCAACAGGGGCGGCGUCCGGGUUCAAUCCGUUUCAGUCUGCUAGGGGUAAUGCUGGGGCAGGUUCGGAAGGACCCAAGGCCGGUGGUCUGGGCCCAGGUGGAGUUGGGUUUGGAAGGAGUGGUAAUGACGCAUUUGUGUUUGGAGCAAGCAGGAGCGAUAUGGCUAGGGAUUCAAAUUCUGGGAAGUGGGAUUCCUUGGGGGAAUUGGGAGAGGAAGUUGUUUUGGAAAUGAGGGAUUUGAGAAUUGGAAGGGGAAACGAUAGUAGUUGUGGCAUUGAUGAAAGCAUUAAGAAGUUAAACAUUGAUGAUAACAGAGGGGAUGAUAAGCCCAAUGUGAAAAUUGUUGAUGGAAAGCCCAACUUUGGUGCAAAUGUUAACACCAAGCUUGGAUUGGGGAGUGCUGACAAUGUGAGUAGUUCGGUUGGAACUGGUGUGGAGUUUAUGCUGCCAGAUGAAUUCAAAAACAAAUUGAAAGGGUCUAGGGACACCGAUGGUGGCGAUUUCACAUCUAAUGCCAAUGAUUCAAGAACGUUUCAAUUUGGUGGUGGUGCUAGUAGUAGUAAGGGUGAUAAUUCAUUUGCUGAAAGUUCAGCCAAUGCACUUCCUGACAGGAUGAAGACUCUGACCAUAAAGGAUUUUUUGUCUACUAAUAGGGUUGAGAAUGAUAAAGGUAAUCUCAGGACCAAGCAUGAGGAUGGCUUUGCCUUCGGAAGCACUAAAGAUUAUCUUGAUGCAGAUAGAGCAAACACAUUGUCAAAUGAGAUUGAGAAGAAGUUGAAUAUUGAAAAUGCGACUGGAGAACGUUUUGAUAGAAAAGCCCCAGAAUAUUCCUAUUCGCAAGUCUCAGCUGGGCAUAGGGAAACUGGGAAUUUCUGUGAUAAAAAAACCAAUGACAUUGAUAAAUCAGUUCCCACAGGAUUCCCUUUUCAGGCAGCAAUGCACGGUAAUGAUGCCCAUGGUACUCAAGUUCCAGUAGGCAUGGUGUCUGCUGAUAGAUCUGAGAAGACUGAUGGUUUUAGUUUCACAGGGCUGACGAGCAUAGCUACACCAUUUGUUGACUUUAAAACACCAAAUGCAAAGAUACAACAAUUAUCUGGCGUAAAUCAGCAACUGGAAUUCAGUGCAAAGGGGAAAUGUAUUAGAGAUACAAAAGUAAAGAAAAGAAAGGACAAGUUGAAGCACCCUACCAAACUCCCAAUGUGGCCUGUGCGGGAUUCAAUUUCUAAGGAUGAUGGCUUCCAAGUGGUACCUGAGCCUUCUGAAUCUUAUUCACCCAUGGAUGUCUCUCCAUAUCGAGAAACACCUGCUGAGACUCAAUGUUCAGGAGAACAUUCUGUGGCAUCAGAUGAGUUUCUCUUCCACAACAACAAUAGUUUAUCAACUGAACCUCCUUCAACCAUUUCAAAUGAUGCUAUUGAUGAAGAUUUGGUUGCUGCAACACAACGUAUGGACAUAAAUGGACUGGAUGAAGAAUGCGGAGAAUCCAUGGAAGAUGGUCCUGAUUAUGGUUUUGAUAACAUUGUCCAUUCUGAUGGUCCUGCAGAAGAGUCUAUCUCUGCGGCUGAAACUGAAAGCUUCAAAUCUGCAUAUGAAGAAAUUGACAGUGACAAUGCUGUUAGUUCUGCAGAAACCGAAGUCAGUUCAAUCCCUAACAUUGGCAAACAAGACAGUGAUGCUAGGAUGCAGUCUGACUUGCCUUUAGGUUCAGAAAAUAUUACUGGAUCUAACUUCACUUUUGCUGCCUCCUUUGCCACUCAAGGUCAUUUAUCUGCAUCAAAACCCCACUACAAGAAGAAAAACAGGAUUAAAGGUGGUCAUGAUACCUAUAAUUCCACUGCAAGUGCAAAAACUCCAUAUGCUUCAUCUUCUGUGCAGUUUUCUCCAUUCUCUGAAGCUUCAUCGAUUCUGUCUUCGGGCUGUGCCAAGAAAGAAAAUUUAUCAAUGCCUCCACCAGAACUUGGAGAUAACUCUGGGGCAAAUGUGGCACAAGAGAUCAAGAAACAGUCUAAUCUGAUUCCCUCUGCAACUGUUGCAGCUCAAGAGGCAUGUGAAAAGUGGCGAUUAAGGGGUAACCAGGCAUAUUCAAAUGGGGAUUUGUCCAAAGCUGAGGAUUAUUACGCACGGGGAAUAAAUUGUAUUCCUGAGAGUGAAACUUCUAGAAGUUGUCUCAGGGCAUUGAUGUUAUGUUAUAGCAAUCGUGCGGCAACACGUAUGUCCUUAGGAAGAAUGAGAGAUGCAUUAGGAGACUGUAUGAGCGCCAUUGCAAUAGAUCCCAAUUUUCUCAAGGUGCAAGUUAGAGCUGCAAAUUGCUAUGUUGCCCUUGGGGAAGUUGAAGAUGCCUCACAAUACUUUAAGAAGUGCUUACAGUCAGGGACUGACAUCUGUGUAGAUCGGAAAGUUGCACUGGAAGCCUCAGAUGGCCUACAGAAAGUUCAGAAAGUGUUUGAAUCCAUCCAACUUGCUACGAAUCUUCUUCUAAGUAGAACGACAAAGGACGCUGAUACUGCGUUGGAAGUGAUUGCGGAUGCUCUGUCAAUAAGUUCGUAUUCAGAGAAAUUACUCGAAAUGAGAGCAGAAGCUCUUUUCACGCUGCGGAGGUAUGAAGAGGUAAUUCUGCUAUGCGAGCAGACCUUUGAUUCAGCUGAAAUGAAUUCUCCUUCUAUAGAUGGUGAUAGCCUGGUAGAAAAUCCGGAUGGUUCUGUUGUUUCAAAGAGUCCUUCCUUCAGGCUUUGGCGUUGCCUUCUGAUAUUCAGAUCACUUUUUUAUCUGGGAAGGCUGGAGGAGGCUAUUGCUUCACUGGAGAAGCAAGAGGGCCGGGGUUUUACUACAAGGGGGAAUGGAAGCAAGGCUCCGGAAUCGUCCAUAGCCUUAGCUGUCACUGUACGUGAGCUCUUGCGCCAUAGGGCUGCAGGAAACGAAGCGUUUCAAGCUGGAAGGCAUUCAGAAGCUAUUGAACAUUAUACUUCUGCUUUGUCAUGCAAUGUGGAGUCCCGACCCUUUGCAGCAAUUUGUUUCUGCAAUCGUGCUGCUGCAUACAAGGCCUUGGGCCAAAUUACUGAUGCCAUUGCAGAUUGCAGCCUAGCCAUAGCUCUUGAUGGAAAUUAUCUAAAGGCAAUUUGUAGACGAGCGACGCUAUAUGAAAUGAUUAGGGAUUAUGGACAAGCAGCUACUGACCUUCAGAGACUUGUAGGUCUUCUGUCUAAGAAGGUAGAUGAGAAGACUAGUCAAAUUGGAGCAUCUGGUGCUUCAUCUAAUUUGGCAAAUGACUUGAGGCAAGCUCGUCUGCGUCUUGCUACUGCAGAAGAUGAAGCGAGAAAGGACAUCCCUUUGGAUUUAUACCUCAUUUUAGAAGUUGAAUCAUCAGUUUCAGCAUCAGAAAUUAAGAAGAAUUAUAGAAAAGCUGCGCUUAGACAUCACCCUGACAAGGCUGGUCAAUCCUUAGCUAGAAGUGACAGUGGAGACAAUGGUAUUUGGAAGGAUAUUGGAGAAGAAGUCCACAAGGAUGCUGACAGGCUCUUUAAAAUGAUUGCAGAGGCAUAUGCAGUACUUUCAGAUCCUAACAAGCGUUCACAGUACGAUCUUGAAGAAGAGAUGAGGAAUGCCCAAAAGAAGCGCAAUGGAAGCGGUACAUCCAGGACGCAUACAGAUGUAAAAAACUAUCCAUUUGAACGAAACAGCGGUAGGAGACCAUGGAAAGAGGUUUUUAGGUCAUAUGGUCACUCACCCACCAAAGGGCCUGAAUUUAGCUGGUCAAGCAGAUAUUCAUGAAAACUGUGCAAGACGUGCAUAUGAAUCUCAAGAAUUUUGUUCAGGUGGUAGCACGGCGGUGAGCCAGCUAAAGAAUCGUUCACAUAAACACAAACUUCAUGUGGUUUCGGUUUACUGGUGCACGGAUAUGAUUUGGUGUCAACAAAUUGCCCAAGAAUUGGCGACAUUCGUGAAUUUAUAGGCACCGAAUGGCUAGUAAGAAUUUUCAUCGUAUCUGCUGCAAUCUUCUUCAUUUCUGUUAACACAAAGGAAAUUUUAGUGUCUUCCUUGAAAGUCCCAGAUGAUCACUUGUGAUUUGUAACAUAGAAACCGAAGGAGCUUUUUGCUUGGAGAUGGAGAGAGCGAGCGAGAGGAUCAUGCUGUUGUAAAAGAUUGGUUUCGGGGGCAGAUGUCUGAGUGGUGUUGCUAUGUAAAUGAAAUGGCAGUUUGUACUUGGUACAGAUGCAUAGAGUGUAACAUUUCAUGCAAGAGACUAUACCGGUCUUCUGCGUUCCGCAACUUCGAUCUGGGCUAUCAUGUUCAUAUCAUAGGCAGGUGGGUGGAUUGCUGCUCAGUUGUUGAGGUUGUCAAUGGCUUUAUGGAAGAGUGUCUCUUUUCUUGUUCCUCGAAUGUAUUCUCACACAAGUUUUUUUGGUCUUCAGUGGUCAACUUUCAAGCAGAAAAAAUGCUUUAUGAUUUUAAGCGGACAUUUCGUUUUGCUGUCA